GGAAUGAAGGCUACAAAGAUAGGAAUUCACUCUGUGGACAUCAAUAAACCCAGUACUAGUGAAAAAAUUUUUGAUCCCACUCUCCAAACACCUCCAUCAAAGAAAAAAAUUAGCAGUGUUCAAACAAUUGAAGAAAACCUGCAAGCUGGCGUGUGCACUUUUUAUGCAGCGAGUUCUAGUUUCUCAGAUAGAGCAGUUCAAUGUGAAAUGAACAGUGACUCAAAUUUUCAAAAUUCUUCAACCAUGAGUGUUGCUCCUAUGAUUCAAGAAGAUAUUGCCAUUGAUUCAGAAGCCAAUAAUGGAAGUGGGGCCAUGAGUUUUGUGAGUUCUGAAAAUCAAAUAUAUCAUUUAUUUGAAUCAACGACACCAGAUUUAAUUGUUGAUACGACAGAUGAUGACAGUGAUAUCGAUAUUGUUAGCUUGAGAACAAAUGCUAGGGCAUCUGAGAAUGUGAAUUCACUUGUUGCGAGUCAUGAUCAUACUUACAUAGAUAUUUGGAAUCCUAACAAUAACGUUGAAAUGGUAACUGCAGAAGUGAAUAAUGAACCAUCAUCAAGCCAUAACAGUGAGCGAUUCCAAGCCAAGAAUUGUAGCAAUAAAGCAAAAGAAAAUGAUUGGCCAGCAGCUCCUGAUCUACAGUUGGAUUGUUUGUUCACCGAUGAUGAUGAUGAUAGCAGUGUGGAAGUUGUUGGAGUUGAACCACCUAGGUAAUAGAUUUAAUGACAUUUUCUUUACAGGUUUCCUUGUUACUGUUAAAAAAAAAAAAAAAAAAAAAAAAAGAAGAUGUAUUUUUGAUAGAGAUGCAAGAGAUAUGUAGCAAACAUCUGUUAUUUAAAAUAUCUAGCUUAAAUGUAAAAUAUUUUGUACUCGUUAUUCGACCACUGAAUGUUUAUAUUUGUUUAAUAUUGUUUACAUUUAUCAAUAGCAUUAUUGUAUGUUACUUAUUACUAUAUUUACAGGUAACAUUGUAGUUAUUAUUUACAUUAUAGGGUUCAUAUGGUCCUCAAAAGUCCUUAGGUUUUUUGGAAUCGAAUUCUGGCCCUUAAAGUUCUUAAUUUCAUCCAAA